AUGUAUAGAUAUCAGAGUUCCGGGAAACUCUUGACUUUCUACACACUCGCACUCAAACCAGGCCCUGCCUUGUUCGAUAUGCGGAUGAACGUCUUCGGAGACUUCACUUUCUUGUCCGCCGUUGUACUGUACAGUAGAUUGUUCUUGGACGGCCUUGUCAAAGUCCAUGGUGAGGUGAUUGGAACGACUGAACUGGUAGGAUAUUGCACUUGGUUUUGA